UGGCCAAACCUCAAGGCUUAAACCCUGAAAAACCCAGCUAGCGGACGGAUUGGGUGAGCAUGGAAGCAACCACGGAUUCUCUACGGUGAUUGAGAGACCCUUCUAUCUUGCAAUGUCUAUAGUAAGGAACCUUCAAAGGCGGUCUUUGAAGACCCUCUCCUCUCUCCUCCAAUCCCAUCCUUACAAGAAUGUUGUGUCACGGAGAUAUGUUCCUUUGAAAUGUCUUUCAAGCAAUCCGAUUCAAUCGAGUGCUGGGAGCGAGGACUGCUCUUCAUCAAUUUCCCCGUGGAAUGGAUUCAGUGGAUGGUCUCGAGCGAUGUCCACGGCUGGAGGGAGAAGCAUGCGGAGCAAGGUGGAGAGGAGGAUGCGUAAAGAGUCUGGAAAAACCCUAAGAGAGGUUCGCCGCGCUCAGAAAUUGCGCAAGAAGUUGAUGACUGAUGAGGAGAGACUCAUAUACAAUCUCAGAAGAGCCAAGAAGAAAGUGGCAUUACUGCUGCAGAAGCUCAAGAAAUAUGAGCUACCAGAGCUUCCUGCCCCUCGACAUGAUCCUGAGUUAUUAACUGCUGAGCAGCUUCAGGCAUAUAAGAAGAUUGGCUUCAGAAAUAAAAAUUAUGUUCCUGUUGGUGUUCGUGGAGUAUUUGGAGGAGUGGUCCAAAAUAUGCAUCUUCACUGGAAGUUCCAUGAGACUGUUCAAGUUUGCUGUGAUAACUUCCCAAAGGAAAAAAUCAAGGAGAUGGCAACCAUGCUUGCAAGAUUGAGUGGAGGUAUCGUGAUAAAUGUACAUGAUGUGAAAACAAUUAUCAUGUUCCGUGGCAGAAACUAUCGCCAGCCAAAGAAUCUGAUACCUAUCAACACCCUCACAAAGAGGAAGGCAUUAUUCAAAGCCAGAUUUGAACAAGCACUUGAUUCUCAGAAACUAAACAUAAAGAAAAUAGAACAACAGCUGCGGCGAAUGGGUGUAAACCCUGAGGAUCCAGUUGCCAUGGCCAGCAUCCAGAGAGUAGCAUCCACAUUCUUCAAUGCAAUUGACAAGCAGGAAGGAAGUCCUUAUGUUUUCCAGGGGGACAAACUAUUUGGAGCAGCACCUACUGAAGACUUAAAACUGUCAGAAGAGCCUCCUGUUGAUAGCGACCAAGAGGAACUUGACCAAUUCAUAGCUGAGAUAGAGGAUGCAGCAGAUAAGGAAUGGGCAGUGGAAGAAGCUGCCGAGAAAGAAGAGCUCAGCAAAAUGAGGUAUUGGAACAGAGAAGAGUUUGCUGGGAGGUUUAGAAGAUUUGAUAACCCUAAAAAUGAAGACUUUGAUAGUGAUGUUAGAGGGGCAAGGGGUUGGAACCAUACGCGUGGCAGACAGAGGACAACUGAUACUGAUGAUGAAGGCAAUGAUGUUUCUGAGGGUGAUGAAGAAUGGGAUUCCAAUGAUGUGAGAGAUCUGAGAACUCCUGAGAGUGAUGGUGAUGAUUCUGAUGAAGUUCAUAAUGAGUUCACGGCACCUAGAAUGCAAAGUGGGAAGCUGGAUUUUGGCAGAGCCAAAAAUAAUAAUAGUAAGGAUUUCAAGAGAAAUGCUGAAGAAUUUAGGAGAAAGGUAGAUGAAGAAGACUCAGGGUCAGAAGAUAUGUUAGAUGAUUUGGAAAACGCUAUGUGGGAGUCAGAUGCCGAGGAAGAACAUGACUCGAGGACAUCAAGAAUGGCAAGUAAUGAUUACAGGAGCAGCAGUGAUGAUGAUGAGCAUCUUCAUCGCAUAAAAAGAGAUAGUAAGAACGCAAGGAAUCUGGUGAAUGAUCAUGAGAAUGAUGCUGAUUAUUCUGAAUCUGAUGAAGGUCAGGAUGAAUUCAGGGAAUCUAGAAUAGCAAAACAGAAGCAUGGUCAGAUUAGCCGAGUCAAUAAUGAUCAAGGCUUCAUGAGAAAUGCUGAAGCUAACUUUAGCAGAAAUAUGAUUGAAGAAGAUUCUGAGUCAGAAAAUAUGUUAAGUGAUUCAAAAGUAGGAAUGUGGGAAUCAGAUGAUGAGGGAUACUCAAAGGUAUCCAAAGCAAUAAGCAAUGAUUAUCAGAGCGGUGAUGAAGAAGAGGAUUAUCACAUAACAAAAAAUGAGACGAGCAAGGAGAAAGAUAAAAGAAUGAAGACACCGAAACAGGUAGAUGAGACUUGGGAUAGUGAUUAGCUUGGUAAUUGUUGAGCACAUCGUGUCAAAGGUUAAUUUAUAGAACCCAUUUUUAUUCUCCACAAAAAAGGUCUAUCUAAUGUAAGGGGAUUGCAUGAUUAUGUUAAUUCAUUAAGUGAGAUUAUUCCUCUACA